AUGGACCACCAGAAUCCCCAGCUAAAGAACCUUAAUCGUGCCUCAUGGAGGUCACAAUGUCGAAAUCACCUUGCGCAACACAUCUGGGAACAACUCGGAAUCCAACUGAAGCCCGAGGAAGUAAGGCUAAAGUCCACUGAGGAGUUACAAUACGUAUGGAAGAUUGAUGAUCCUUUACUUGAACCUGUGUUUGACAAGCACCUGAGCAAACACUCGGUGGGGGUAUACAUGCAGUUGUCACGAGAGGUCGGCAAGUCUUUCCAUGCUGUUCGUUAUGAAGGGAUAAUUCAGCGGCCGCCGAAGCCUCUACUGCAUGAACAAUAUGAACAAGUCAAGGAAGAAAAAACUCAGCUCCUUAUAAAGUUACAACAGGCGGAGAAGGAUAUAGUGGCUCUGGAAUUGGCGAGGGCUGAAGCGAAAGAAGAUGUGCAGGCCUACGAGACCAUGAUUCAUGAGUCACAAUUGGCUCUAAAUCUUCAUCAACAGGACAUUCAGCACUGGAUCAUGGUGGCAACAUACUAUCAGGGAAAUUACACACGACUUGCCAAUGCACUAAAGUACUUGAUUGCAUUUGCCCAAGGUGUUGAAUCUGAAGCCUCACCUCUCCUACCUGAAUGA